AAUCACGAAAGUAUAAGAAGUAGAAUAAUGGAUCUGCAUAAUCGUUAUUUAAGUAUCUCGACAUUGGACAUCUCUGUUUUACGAACUGCAGCAAAUGACUGUAAAUCUGUGAAUGACACAUUCGUUUUGCAUCAUCGUUUCAUACAAUUUUACAAUGAUGAGAUGACUAGAGAACAGUUGGAUAUAAAUAAACUUGAGAUCUGUCGAAUGCUAUUGUGUCACGAGUAUCAAUCUGCAUUUAACGCCAUCGAGAGUUGCGAUAAUAAGAGAUAUGUAAUACCCACGGAUGCAGAGAAUAUUUGCUUUUCUAAUAUAGGAGCAAUUUUUCCCCCGCAUUAUCUGCGAAGCAUCUCGGAAAUUUUAGUCUUACACGACAUAAUCGCUCUGCAAAUGAUACUGUAUUGUGAUACCGAAUUAAUCAAACAACAUUUACAAAAUUUUCUCAAAUCGAGCGAUGCUUAUUUCGCAAACAGCAGUAGUAGAAUUAUGUACAUGAAGUUACUGGAAUAUUUUUUAGAAUUUCUAUGUUUGUAUCAAUUCCUUCAUAAUGAUGACAGUAGCAUUAAAGAAGAGAAAUUAAAAGAACUUAGUUUUAUAUAUUUGAAAGUUAUGAAAUCAUGGAUGAAGAUAAAAGAAGAGGAUUCUGAAUGGAGAUCGUUUGCUUCAAUACUUCCUGUGUUAGCUAAAACUUUUGCUCCUGAAUGUAUCCUAUUUCCACUGUGGGAUUAUAUUUUGAAUGAAACAAGCGACUUGAAAGAAUCUCUCAUUGUUCUGAAUAUUAUGGCAGAUACAUGUUUUACAUCGUCCUGUUCGAUGGAUCUCACUUAUAUACAUUGUGAUAUCUAUACCAAAAACGCAUUUUGGUUCAUAAUAUUAAAGGGACUACGAUCACCCUUGCAACAAUACCGCAAACAAGCUUUAUAUUUAAUGAGGAAAGCAAUCGAUUCUCUGAAUGGAAAUUUUGUACUAAAGUUUGUAGACUCGAAAUUCACAAAAGCUCAGAUUACUCCAUUUAUUUGUAGUAAGUCUAAUGAUAAAACUUCAUCGAUAGAGUGCAUUAAACAGAAAUUUUUCUUGGUGUAUGAAGCGUUAGAAGAAAAACAAUACCACUUAGUAGUACCAGCUUUAACUCAUAUAACUAGUUUAAUAAAAGCAAACAAGGAGCACGAAUUCUGCAAUGACUGCUUUGAUAUUGUAUGGUUGCAAUGCAUUCUUGAAAAAGUUUUACAUCAUGAAAAUAAUAAUAUUGUAAAAUGGGGAGUAUUGCAAAUUUGUAAGUUAGAUGGGACUACAUUUAACGAGGAGUUUUUAGAAUUAUUUGUUAAUGUUUUCAAUAAUACUUUUCUCUACGAAUAUCAACCUAAUGAGGAAUGCCCAGAAAUUGUGAAAGCACUCUCGAUAUUCUUUAAAUGCACGGAAGAAAAUAAUUUACUUAAUAAUUUUCUUAUGGAAGUUAGCAAAGUAGCUUGGGGUCCUGUAGCAAUAUUUUAUAUAAUACACACAUUACGAACAGUUUAUAAGGAGAUACAACAUAAUUGGAAAGAUAGUGAAUUGAAUGCCGUUAAAUCUUUAGUGGAAACAAACUUGACUAUGCACUCUCAUAUAUUACGUACUGCAUCUCAAAUUGAACUUUUAAGAGCAAUCUCCGAUUAUGUGCAAAAGAUAGACGAUCCGAUAUUACUCGCUAAUACUUUAGCUGCGUUUCCUUCCGAAGAAGGUCUUAAAAGAGGAACCGCUCCUUGGAACAUUGUUACAACAUGGUUGAGAAAAAUAUUAACGAAAGAAGACGCCAUAAUUUUUGUGGAAGAUACUUGCUCGAAAUAUUCGUACGAAGAUAUCAGUCCUGAAAUAAACCUUAGAACGUUUGCGUUGUUAAUAUAUCUAUUACAUGACGCGAAUCUUAUACUAUCGAGUAAAACAUGUCGCGUCGAAAAAGCAUUAAACAAUUGGCUGUGUAUGUUAAAUGGUAUUAAUAUGAGACCUUAUGCCGAUAUCCGCUCGAGUAUCGAUGCGAUAGAAUUUAUAUCGCAUUUAUUAAAUCUCUCCAUGACGGAAUCUUUCAACAGUGUGACCGACUUGAUAUUAUUAUAUGUACACACCACUUUUAAAUUUCUAAUUAAAAAUGUGAGAAAAAUGGCCACAGAACUAACGUACGAAGAUUAUACGAGAUACAUAGCCAUUGUGUCUUCGCAUAUCGUUAACGCAACUUUGUUUAUGCCGAAGAAAGAUGUAAACAAUUAUGCGGAAAAUCUGCAAAACGAAAGCAUACGUUUAUUAAGAAAUACGCAAUAUCAAAAUAUGCAAUAUUUGUAUGGAUUACACAUUUUGCAUCUUUCCCAGAACGUUUUAGUUCUGCCGCUUGCGACAACUUUUUAUACGGAAUAUUUGUUAAACGUGCAACCGAUUUCAGUAAAUGUUAAUAACGACAAUGCGGCAAAUUUAAGAGGAAAAAUUGCAUCGGAAUAUUAUUUACUUCUUUCGAAACUCAUGCGCCAAUAUCUUGUAAAUUCUCCGAUGCAUUCGUGGAUUUCCACUGCCGCAUUACUGUCUAAUCUAUUAAAAUUUCUCGAGUUAGGGGGAACAGAAAUCAUUUCUGAGAUAGCAUCGAUAUUGAUCAUAAUGAUUGAUAAUAAAGUUAUAAAUCAUACGAGUGAUAGAGAAACUUUGGAAUAUAUUUUUAAAUCAUGCUGGAGAUGUACUCUCGUUAAUAAAAAGAACAACGUGUUCUGGACAGCAAUGCAGAACCUUACGGGAAUUAUUAUUAAUAAUAAUUUUUUUAUCUUGCCUAAUGCUACAAACUUUAUAACAGAAUUUGUUGAUCAAUUAAUAGAAGAAGGAGAAAGUACGCCGAAAUUUAAGAGGAUAUUACUUUCUAAAAUGAAGCAAUUAAAUGAAUGUAAUUUGCUGCAAUUAGAAAAACCGUUAUUGAGUUGUCUUCUUCAUGGCUCUGUACUUCGGCGUGACAAAAGAAUUGAAAAUUAUGCUCAUUUAUUUAUUAUCAAGCACUUGGGCCAAUAUUAUCCAAAGCAUAUCUUGGCAUUAGAUCAUAAUAAUGAUGCUGCAGUUAGAGCAGAGGCGACUGUACUGUUACAUAAGAUAAUUAAUCAUCUGGAAUUAAAUUAUGCAGCGGUAAUUGUGCCACUUAUACUCGAGAUAUUAGAAAAAUACAAAAACAAAAGAUACUUUAAUGACUCUUAUUUACAUAAAUUAAAACACCGACUAAUGCAAAUUUUAUUGAUAUUAGAACCGGUUUUGACCGAGGAACUCGUUGCUCUACUACAGGAAAAAUUAUGUGAUUUAAUUCUUUCUGAAAGCAACCAACAUAGUGUGAGAUUGAUGCAAGAAUGGUUGAUGAUACAAAUCUUUAAGAAACAUAUUAACUUGCAUAAUAAGCUAUGGAAAUUUUUCUCAAAGAGUAUAGAAGAGCGACCAGGAUGUACAAUUUCUGUAGCUAGUAUUAUCUAUCAUAUCGCGCAACUUCUUUCAAAUGAUACUCAGAAAAAUUUUAUUCACACAGCUCUACCAUACAUAGCACAAUGUUGUUUGGGUCAGCAAUUUAAUGUGCGUCUUUAUAACCAGUUUAUUUUUACACAAUUAUACGAAUUAAUGAAAAAAGCAAAUGAUGAUGAUAGUAUAUCAAAAUACAAAGGCAUUUAUCAGGCAGCUGUGGCUAAUUUACAACAAAGCAGUUUGACAAAGAAUUCGACUAAAAUACAGGAUGAUUUUUACUUUUCAAGUUUUCAUCCGAUCAAUGAUUACAGUUUGCAGACAAUUUACUAUGAAUUACCACGGUUGACUAAUAUAAGUUCUGAUGAAUGGAUCAGUCCAGACAUAUUCAAAGCCUUCAUGUUUGAACAUAAUGAUAAUCAUUCUCUACAACUUUAUAACAUUGAUUUAUUUCUGUCUGAGACUAAAACUUCUAUAUAUCUCACAAAAUCUCUUGCAGGUGAUACCGAAUCAUUAGCCAACAGUGUUGAAACCUAUUUGGAAGGUUUGCAUGAUAUUCAGAAAAAGAUUGAUCCAUCCAAGUCUAUAACUCCAUUGUACAGUGAUAUUUUUGAAUCAAUGAAAGAAUCCAUACAUCAACAAGACUUACAGUUACAUGAAGAAGGUCUGAUAGUUGUAGCAUCUUUUAUCAGUCGACCACCAAAUUUGGGUGGAAUUGCUAGGACAUGUGAAAUAUUUGGAGUCAAGACAUUAGUUAUUGCAAAUUUGGAUUGUAUAAAGGAUAAAGAGUUUCAAUGCCUUAGUGUAUCAGCCGAAAAAUGGAUAAAUAUGCUACAGGUGAAACCGCAAGAGUUACAGAAGUACUUGUUCGAGAAGAAAAACGCGGGAUGGUCUCUAAUCGGUGUUGAACAAACAGCCAAUAGUAUAAAUCUGCUACAGACAAAAUUCGAGAGAAAGACUAUUCUCGUUUUAGGGAACGAGAAGGAUGGUAUACCUGCCAAUUUCAUACCUCUUUUCGACAUGUGUGUAGAAAUACCUCAAGUAGGUGUGAUACGAUCAUUAAAUGUUCAUGUUACUGCUGCAAUUUGUAUAUGGCAGUAUGCAAGCCAACACACAUUAAAACAAUAAAUCUCCCAAGUUUGAAGGUGCAAGAUAAUAAUAUGAGAUAAACAAAUUUUUAGGAAAAAAAAUCUUUACCAUAACACGAUCGUAACGCUUAUUUAAAAAGAAAGUAUACGCGAUUUAUAUUUUUGUAUAUUUAUGAACAAGUCUAAUUGAUACAGAAUUAUCUAUAUAGAGAUUAAAUAUAUGGCAUACUUAUACUUCG